AGAACAACAUGUACUUCAUACUUUUCAUUGAUGAGUUCUCUUGAAUGACAUAAAAUCACAAGUCUUUGAAGUAUUCCAAAAGUUCAAGGUCCUUGCUGAAAAUCAAAGUGGAGAAUGGAUAAAAGUACUAAGAAGUGAUCGCGACAAAGAGUACACCUCCCACGAGUUUGACAUAUUUUGCGAGGAUGAAGGCAUAGAGCGAAAACUUACAGUCGCAUAUUCUCCUCAACAAAAUGGUAUGUCCGAAAGAAAGAAUCGCACAGUUAUGGAGAUGGCUAGAUCGAUGCUUAAAGAAAAGGGAUUGCCUAACACAUUUUAGGCUGAAGCAGUCGACACUGCUCUGUUUACAUACUCAACAAAUGUCCAACUAAGAUAGUACAAGAUAAGACUCCAAUUGAAGCUUGGAAUGGGGUAUAUUUGAGAGUUAGAUUUUUGAAAAGUUUUGAAUAAAAAGUUUUAGAUGGUUGUAAGUAGACUAAUUUUUUCAGAGCAAUUGAUAAUUAUGUAUACACACACAUUGACAGAGAUGUAUGCAUAUUAUACAUGUAUCUAUAUGUAUAUUCUACAUAUCUAACUAACUUGACAUAUAUCAGUUAGGUAAAUAAAAUGCAAGCAGUUGAUAUGAUAAUAUCAACAAAAUGUAUAUCAGCUUACUUACCAGUCAAACUAACAAACUACCAUUCAACUACGAUUUCACCACCCUAUUUUACUUCAUUUUUCAGAACUCUUAACUCUUUCAUUUGUCAUUGCUAACAUACCAUUGUAAUCUUUUGAGUUGUUCUCUUUUCAAUCUUUGAUAAACCUUCUCUGGUGUUACACCAAAGAAUUUUCUCCUUUUUUCCUCAUUCAUCAUCUAAGCUAUGGCAAGGAAUAAGAGUUUACAAGCCAAACUGGUACUCCUGGGAGACAUGGGAACGGGGAAGACGAGUUUGGUGCUUAGAUUUGUUAAAGGUCAAUUUUCGGAAUAUCAGGAAUCAACAAUUGGAGCAGCAUUCUUCACUCAGGUUCUGUCUUUAAAUGAAGCCACUGUGAAGUUUGAUAUAUGGGACACAGCAGGGCAAGAAAGAUACCAUAGUUUGGCUCCUAUGUAUUAUCGUGGUGCUGCCGCUGCUAUUGUUGUUUAUGACAUUACAAGCACGGAUUCUUUUUUACGCGCAAAGAAGUGGGUUAGAGAAGUUCAAAGACAAGCAAAUCCAAAUUUGAUAAUGUUUUUGGUGGCUAACAAGGCUGAUUUGGAAGACCAGAGAAAAAUUGGAAAUGAGGAGGGUGAGGAAUAUGCCAAAGAAAACGGCAUGUCUUUCUUUGAAACUUCAGCAAAAACAGCACAGAAUGUCAACGAGCUCUUCUAUGAAAUAGGUAAGAGAUUGGCAAAAGCCAACCCUUCGCGACAAACUGGAAUUAAGCUUCAUGGCAGAACUCGAGAAACAAGAAGAAGACUGUUUUGUUGUGCUUAAGCUUAACGAACGGAAUAUCUUUAAUCUUUCGUAUGAUAUGUAAUAUAUUAUACUCAAGAACAUAUGUUUGUUCAGUCUGUGUACAUGGUAAGAUCUCACAUCCAAAGUGUGGCUCAGAUGUAAACUUUUGUAUCAGCAAACUUCUCAUGUCAUUUAUAUGUGAUUAAUCAUUUCAUUUCA